AUGGUUGCCCGUAUCCCAGAAGGUAAGACUUAUGUGUCACAAUAUUUCGUGUGGUGUGCGUUUGUCUGGUUGAUUGCAAUUCUUCCACUCCGUUCUCGGACAGGGGCUGUAGGUGAAACCAACAUUCCUGAUGGGUGCCAGGUAGUAACCUCGGAAACGGACGGGAAGACACUCACCUGCCGACGUGCUCCGUUCCACGAAAUCCUUGCAGCAAUCUCCGACCUCGGGAAGGACCUAGUGAAAAUUACUGUCCAGUCCUGUCAGCCCCAGGAGGCGGUUGAACUGAACCAAUCCUGCUUUCCCAACAACGCCAACUUAAAGAACUUGUGGAUAUCUGAGUGUGGGCUAGUCAGGAUAGCGCCAUAUACUUUUCAGACGCCUGAAAACCUAACUGAAUUGUCAUUGUUUGGUAACCAAAUCCGUGUGCUAACCAAUGAAACUUUUAAAGGGUUGAGGAAAUUAUUGAAGCUUGAUCUCCGUUUCAACCAAAUCAGCUCGAUUCCGGACGGAUCUUUCAAAGAUCUUGAGAGCUUGUCUAUAUUGAUGUUAGACAACAACAAACUACUUUCGGUAACUAACGGCACAUUCAAAGGACUCAGGAACCUCGCCGACCUUGAGUUGAUUCGAAAUAAAAUCCAUUCAGUUGCGGAUAAUUCUUUCGGCGAUCUUAAGAAAUUAUUGAAAUUAAAUUUAAUGGAAAAUAAGAUAGGUGUGAUAACUGGAAGGAUCUUCAAUGGAUUGAAGAAGCUUAGGAACCUUUACUUGUCUUACAACCAAAUUACGUGGAUUACUCCCGGAUCAUUUGAAGGGCUUGAUAAUCUGUCAAAACUAGGAAUGAAUUACAAUAAGAUUGGACAUUUAACUAACGGCAUGUUUAGGGGCCUUGGGAACCUGCAUUGGCUUGGUCUGUCGUCAAAUUCGUUAUAUUGUGUUGAGGAUGGGACUUUAAGUGAUCUGAAAAACUUACUAGCAUUGUCUCUGAAGGGUCAAAGAUCACAAAGCUUUAAACCAUCGCCAUAUUUGUUUGCUGGUCUUAAACGUUUACAAAAAUUGUACUUCGAGUUCCCCCGAAUCGAUUGGACAGGAAUAGAUAAAGAGAAUUUAUCGGUAUUCUUUGGAAACCAAGUGCAAUCUUUGACAACCUUGGAGAUGCAAUCGUCACAACUGACCAAUAACUAUUUACCCAUUUUAAAGAACCUUAAAAGUCUGAAUUAUCUUCUCCUGCGGGAUAAUAGCCUUGGUUACGUUCUUAAAGAAUCGUUACCAAAACUUGGAAGUGGAACCCUGGACUUGUCAUCUAACAGAAUAAUGUACAUCGAGACAGGAGCCUUAUCACGGUUUAGCCGUGGUAAUACGGAAGUCAUUCUUAGAGGAAAUUCUUUUUCCUGUGAAUGUCAGCUGCUGGGUUUUUCCAGAUGGAUACGGGAAAAUGGCAUGAACGAACUGGAUACUCUCACAUGUAGUGGACCAGUUUCCAUGUACGGGAAACGGGUGAGAGAUUAUAAUCCUUACUGGUGGCAGUGCAGCCCAUACGUCCCUCUGAUAGCUCUGGUAGCUAUCAUUGGUUUGGUGGUUCUGGUCUGUUCAGUUGCAAUGAUCCUUUAUUGUAAUCGAGUGAACAUUCAACACUGGUUGUUGGAGAGACGCCUUACGCCUCGAGCAGAUGAAGAGGCAGAAGCAGCCGCCACUGAGCGCAGUCGUCUUGUUCCAUCCGGCCUGUGCGGGAUAAGCUCACUUCCAAGAGGGAGGACAGAAGCAUAUAUCCUUUACAAUAUGAAUGAGCAGGAUGUAAAGAGAUGGGUGGACCAGUAUAUCGAGGAGAAACUGUACGGUCACCCCUUGAGGGUGACGCUACAGUGGGCAGCAGGUCCCGAUUACAUACCUUUGUGGAAACAGGUCAAGGAAUACGGCUUUGGUGUCAUUCACUUCGUCGUCAUCGUGACAGAAGAUCUCCUAAAGAAUCAUUGGCCGGAGAUGUCCGCAAAUAGCGGUGUUGAAAACCUUUCGAAGUUCGUCCUUGUGUUGAUGGGGAUGAAGAAAAAAGACCUUCCCAAAGAAUUACUCAGGAUGCACUGCCCUUGCUUAGAAUGGCCUGAGACGAAGCGAACCAGUGUGCAACGCGAGAGACAACAAUUUUGGAAGCGUUUGCGGCUUGUCCUUAAAGAUACUCGACCCGAUUAGAUUAAAGGCAGAUACAGCAAACAUGAUAUGUAGCCGAGAUAACACAGAGCCUCUUCCAGAAAUGAACCACGAGACGUAAUUCUACCCCGCCCCUCAACCACCUGACUCCACGGAAUUGGGACCCGAGGUUCAACUUCAUCAGCCAUGAUCGACAUUCUUGAACCUUAUCCCUGAAUCCAUUCUAGUGAGUGGGGUUAUUACUAACUUCAGAUGGCGCUUUCGUUGCAGACAUGCAGCUUUUAUCCUUGGGCACAUGCACAUUUAUGUAAUCAUCCAUAUUCCUGCGCGCUAAGAAAAAGCGUGUUAAAUUUAACACUUCAAAAGCUAGAUUUAACACUCAGCGGUGGGGCGUACAGGGACAGCUCUUCGGUUGGAAUCCCGAUUCCUCUCUCGCCAGGAUCACCACUGUUUCGUCUUUGUGUCCUUAAGCGAGGCACUUGACCCUACUUGCUUCUCCCUACCCAGGAGUGAAUGAUGGCGAAAUAUACAUGCUCUUUCUGAACGCUGCAUACUUGUACAUGCAGCCCGGGCAGGAUACCAUCCAGGAAGUUGACCCUG